AAGAAUUUGUAGUUAUGAUGGGAAGCAAAGCAAAAGCAAUGGGGUCUGGGCUGACUCCUCUUCUUACCACUGUUUUAGUGGUAUUUGUUGCUCUUGGCUUGCCCUCAGAAACUGCAGCUGAUGAUCACUACAAGUAUUCAUCUCCUCCUCCUCCUUACCACUAUCCCUCACCACCACCUCCAGUGCAUUUACCUCCACCAGUGUACAAAUACAAGUCCCCACCACCACCUCAUCAUGUUUACAAGUACAAAUCUCCACCACCCCCACCACCACACCCAGUUUACAAGUAUAAGUCGCCACCACCACCUCCUCAUCCGGUAUACAAGUACAAGUCUCCUCCGCCACCUCCUCAUCCGGUACCACACCCAGUUUACAAGUAUAAGUCACCACCACCACCUCCUCAUCCGGUACCACACCCAGUUUACAAGUAUAAGUCUCCUCCGCCACCAGUUUACAAAUAUAAGUCUCCUCCACCACCACCUCCAGUGUACAAAUACAAGUCUCCACCACCACCAGUUUACCACUACAAGUCUCCACCACCUCCUCCCCAGUUUACAAAUACAAGUCUCCACCACCACCAGUUUACCACUACAAGUCUCCACCACCUCCUCCCCCAGUUUACAAAUACAAGUCUCCACCACCACCAGUUUACCACUACAAGUCUCCACCACCUCCUCCCCCAGUUUACAAAUACAAGUCUCCACCACCACCACCACCAGUUUACCACUACAAGUCACCACCACCUCCUCCCCCAGUUUACAAAUACAAGUCUCCACCACCUCCUCACCACUACUAAGCAAUUGCUUCUGAGGCAAAGGAGAAGGAAACCAGUGUUUGGACCUUCUUGAAGAUGUAGAAGCAUAAGAAUAAAAGCCCAAUGUGAAGAUGAUGAUUUCAAGUUUUUCUACGUUACCAUUUCUAUAUCUAAAUUCGUUGUAGCGCCUUAGUUCCUUUGUUUAUGGGAUUUGUAUCGUUUUACGUACCAUGCAGUACAUGUCAUGUUUGUAAGGUUUUCUAUCCUGCCGGCAAAUCGCAGGUUCCAUGUAAUAAAUCAAUACUAUUUAUAUUACGACACUUUUCUCUGUUUCUCUUA